AUGUAUGUGGGAUUCUUCGUUACCAAUCUGCGCGCCCCCGCGGAUGGUCGGCCAGGUCGGCGUCCCAGAGCAGAGCGUUGUGUGCGAGCAGUGCAGUGGGUCGCGUGUGUUGGAGCUCUUACCGGCGAUCUGGUGCAUCAGCGAGAGGGUUGUCCAACUUGCUGGGGAGGGAGAGCACCAACAACAACAGAGAUGGCGGCCAACAACGCCGAUGAGUCCCCCCUGGGCUUCGCCGGCGACAUCGACGGCGGCACCUCGUCCUUCCGGCUAUCGUCAGGACAACAACCCCCACCUUCGCUUGGCAACGCCGGCCACGGCGCCAGCUCGGCCUUGCCCGUUCAGAUGGGUCGUCUCCCACCGCCCUCCCCGCAGGACCGGGGUCUAGUCGGCGGAGGUGUUUUGCUGGAAGGGGUCGAAGCGGGGCGGACCGUCGUGACGUGGCGGGCGCAGGAGUCGGGGCUCUGGCUGGAGGAGCGAGGGUUGGACGACGACCUGGAGGGGGGCGGGUUACACCUGCAGCUGCAAGGCGGCGUCUCCAGCGCCGGUGCCGUGGGCGUCUUCGGAGCCGGGGACGGAGGGGGGGACCAAUCGUCGCUGGCGGUGUGCGCCUACACGGACGACAGGGUGGUUCACAGGGUGCUGCUGCAGCGGCCGGCAGCCCCUCCCGGCGACAAGGCACAAUCCGCGUUGAGCGCCAUGUCGGCGCCGCAGGGGCGCAAGGUGGCGAAGCUUGGCUGCAGGGAAGGCGGGCUCGGCCCCAGCUGCUGGAUAAAUAGGGAUCUUCUUGUUGUCGGCGGGAUGGACGGGAGCCUGCACUGCGUCACGAUCGCGGAGGGCAUCGACGGGCAGACGGCCUCUUUGUGCGAGGAAACCCUGAGGGUCAAGACCGGCUGGAACCCUCUCGCUGUGGGAAGCGGAGACAACGCUAGCGCCGUCGCUGUCACCGGCUUCUGGCGAGAGGAGGAGAAACAAGCCGUGGUCCUUACGCUUCACACGGACUGGUCGUUCCGGGUGUGGGUGACCUCGCGCGCCAGCACCGGCGCCAAGCGGAGAGGGGGGGGCUUGGUGAGCCGGGUGGACGCUCGGCAAUUCCUCGGCUCGCCUCACGAGCGCCAGACGGCUGCGGUGGACGGUUCGAGCUGUUUCCUGUCCCCGGUUGCGGCCGUUGCCAACCCGGAGGAAGAGAACUUCGUCGUCGCGGCUGUCGCGGCCGAAGGAGGUCUCCCCGUCCACAUCGUGCUCACCAUCUCACCCAGAGGUGGAGAGCUGGUGAGGAGAUGUGAAUUCGAGGCCCCUAGCGAAGCAGGCCCGCUGGUGGAUGCCCACGUGAACCACAAGGGGAUCGUCUGGACUCUGUGGGACCGCCCUCGGGGAGGCGGCGGGGUUUCCAGUGGAUGCGGAGGCGUGUCGAGCUACGGGGAGAACGGGACGUUCGACUCCGUUCACCACCAGACGAUCGACGAGUGGCUGGGUUCUCAACAAGAGGAGGACGCGGUUCUCGACGAGCUGUUCAGGAGAAAGGGGGGGUGGCCCGGGUUGGUGGCCCUGCGGUGCCCCCCCCAGGGAGGAGGGGGGAGGGGCACGAGAGCAGUGGCGCUCGACUCGGUGGAGUUGAUGGAGAGCUUCUACCUGAGAAGGAUGUUUACGGCGGGGAGGUUUGGGCGGCGCGUCCUGGCGUCUGCGAUUCGGGAGGCGGUUCCCUUGAUGCACAACGCUGGGCCGCUCUCCUCCAACUCCACAUCGCUGCAAGACUUGCAAAACCUGGCUUUGGAGGGAGUGCGCAAUGCCGCUGAGCAAGCUUUCAGGACGCUCGACGAGGAGAACGACAAGGACGACCCGCUCGCCAUGUCUCCGACGGCUCAGCAAGCUCUGAGGGACGUGCACGGGUUUUGGAAGCGGUUGUUGCUGGCGUGCGUGGAGGGGGGACGGGCGGAGGCUCGGCCCUUGGGGUUGGUUCCCGGCGGCAUGGAGACCUUCGUGACGCCCUUUGUGGUACGGGCCGGGCGCACGACAUGUCUCAUGCCCCGCGGUGAUAGAAGGGGCGGCAUCAGCAUGGCCGUGGCGGUGGCGGUGGCGGGAACAUCAUCGCCACGGCAGGGUCAGGGGUCCCUCACGACGGACGGUGGCGGCGGCGGCGGCAGUAGCUGCGAUAGGCGCGUGGCAAGGCUACGGGGCCUCGCCGCCGGAGUUCCGGCGGCGUUUGAGGAGGCCUUGGUUGCCGAGUCCGGGGGACGGGUUGUCGUCGCCACCGCUGCCGCCGCCGGAGGCGGGGGGGCGGCGGCUGCGGCGGCGGCCUGGUUUCGGGGUUUCGAGGCGGAGUCGGCGUUGGCGAGAGAGGGGACGGCGGGGGGCCUCGCGGACGCGGAGAACCUCCCCCGGGGGCUGGGGGAGGAGGGGGGUUACAAGCGGGAGCAAGCGUCGUUUCUGAGGAAGGUUUCCGACGUUCUGCUCCGGAGCACUACCGGUGCCUGCCUCGCGGAAGCGGCCGCCGCGGUCUUGCAGACGGAUGCCGUGCGCGACGUCCUCACCUGGGCAGAGAGCCUGAAGCCGGCGAAGGAACCGCCUCGGUCCCGCCCCCUCGGACACGGCGGAGGAGUUUGCGGGUGUUCUUCCGGGAUAGCUACCGCCGCUGCGUUCGGGACUGUCAAGCUUAUGAAAGAGAGGUCGGCGGAAGCACGCAACACGGCAGUGGUGCUCAUGCUGGUGCUCGAGCAGGUCGACAGACUCGGACUCGCUGACCAGCUCGAGGCCAACAUCGUCGCGACCGCCCUGCCUGUGGCUCUCAAGUGCAUGAACCAAUACGCCCUGUCUGCAGAAGUGGGGAGCCACCAUCUCCGCGUGCGGGGCGGAACGCAUCCCGUAGCCUCGUGGCGUGGUGGCAGGAGCGGCUGGGGCGGCGGCGGCGGUAUCGGCGACGCGCAGCCGGCCUCCGUCGCCGCAUCAAAGCCCUGGGGUUGCACGGCUCUCGAGGGCCUUUUCCUGGACAGCCGGGGUGUGGUGCAAGACUACUGGGCCAUGUCGACGGAGGCUAGUACGAGGGGGCGCCAGCUGGGUCUUGGGGGGGUCCCGUCGCUGCUUGCGGGGAUGUGCGAGGGUACCCUCAGGUCCCACCUGACGGGCCUCGACAGCGGCGGGCUGGUUUCGUUCCUACACGCCAGCGAGCAGUACCAGCUGGCCCUGCCUCUGGUUGGACUGGCGGUGGAGUGGCAGUGGCGCAUGAAAGUCGGGCCCCCCCCCCCCCCCCCCCCCCACCGCCCAGAGCCGCAUACUGCGGUGCUGACGUCUAUCGCGCGGGGUUUCCUAUACUCUGCGGAAGCGGCUGCUCGUUCGGAGGGCGGGGGGAGUUCGUCAUCGGGCCCUCUUCUUGACCGGGCCACCAAGUGGUACCUGAAGUCGUCGCAGGCCCUCAGAGCCCAACUCCUCCGGCCCGGUGGCGGGGGCGGCCACAACCAGGCGGAGUCGGUGGUGGAACACUUCGAGGGUGCCCUGCUAGAGGUGGAGCGUGUGAGGGAAGGGUUGAGGAGGAGGACGACGACGGGCGGGGUGCGGGCAGCGGCGGCGGCGUUGGUAGCCCAGGGGGCCGGGGAGAGAGGUGGUGGUGGCGGCGGCGGCGGCGGUGGGGAAGACUUUGGAGGAAGGGGGCCCGUGAAUGCGCUGGAGCUUGCCCGCGCGGCGCUCGAAACGGAGAGGGAGCUCCGAGGAUCGGCGGGGGAUCAACAGCAGCAGCACCAUCACCAACGGCAGGCGAGGCUUUGCCAGCUGGUUUUCAAGCACGCCUCUGAAGCGUUGUGUUUCCGGGAGGCGUUCGACGCGGUCUGCGACAACCCCAUCGACCAGCAGCGGAAGGAGAACCUCGCGGCGCUUGUGCAGCACAUGUGCGAGAGCGGACGGCUCGGCGAGCUGUGCUCGCUGUCCCUCGCCGACUGCCCCCACGGAGGCGGUUGGCACCCCUCUGGCGUCGUAGACAGUGCGCUGUGGCCGCUGGCGCGGCGGUCGAGUGUUGACGAUCUCGUUGGAGGGCCGGGGGGGAAGGGGAGGUCGAGAGUCAACUACUACGACUGCCUGUACGCGUUCUACAUGGCCCGGGGGGAGGAGGUAGCGGCCGCUCGUGCUCAGGACGAGCUGAGAGAGAGCCCGGCUCGAUCGUUCGACCGCUGGAAGCCCCAUUCCGCCGCCUCCACCUUGCCGUUCGCGGCGGGCGCUCAGCGAGCUCGCCUGGCGGCGCUGAACGCUCUCUCCGUCGCCGGCAACGCCUACCCCUCCUCCGAUGACACGGCCGCCGCGACGGUGGCGUCUAUCUGCCCCCCCGCGGGAGAGCGCCGUCUCGACGGCUACGGGCGGCCGGCGGGGGUCCGCACCGUGGCGGUUCUUGGACGCGAGGCUGUCUCGGCAGCAGGGGCGAUCGGAUUAGCCGUGGUUAAGGGCCGCGAAGGAGGAAGGGGUGCAAGAGUUUGGUGGACGGUGCGCGGGGAAAGAAGAGGGGUGGUGGAGGCGUUGGCCUUGGGCGGGAGGUACGAGGAGGCAGCGGAUGUGGUGCUGGAGGGGUUGGCACACCAGCCGCGUUUGAUGGUGGAGGAGAUGGACAAACUCGUCAGCGCCCUCGCCCGCGCUUGCGUUCGGACCGAGGACAUCGCCAAAGGGUACGAGGUUGGGCCGCUCCCGCCGCUCGUUCGGGGGGUGGGUCCGCUCAAGCCAAGGGUACCGGUGCCAUCGGCGGAGGCGGAGGGCGACACGACGGCAACCGCGAGGGCCCGCGCGCCCGAGCACGCCACGUCGCUGUGGCCUGUCCUUCGCCAACUUCUCAGGCUGGACAGCGCGGAUAACAACUUCUCGUACCAUACGGCUGCUGUAGCGGUGUUGCUGGAAGGGAUGCCAGCAUCGACGUUGCCACGAUGGGUGGAAGACUCGUACCUGGGCUUGGGCCAGGAGUUGCCGGACCCCCCCGCAAACGCCAACGCCUUCCCGCCGCCGCAACCCCGGGCUCUCCUCGCUCCGUGGAAGGCUUUCACCUCCGGAAGGGGGGGGAACGGCGCCAGCGGCCCCGACCCCACAAAGCUGCUCGAUAUGUACGUGAUGGACGGGCGCCUGGAGGAGGCGUGUUUGUUCCUGUCGAGGGUACUCGACACCCGGGAGGUUGGGGACAUCGGCGCCCUCACAGAGCUUGUGCCAGAGAAGGACGGCGGGACGGAUUACCUCCCGUACGCCUCGAUAGACCGUCUUUUCGCCCUCAGCGAAGCGAGCCUCGCACGGUCGAAGGGGCCCCCGACGACUCAGAAGGAGGGGUGGGUAACCGCCGGUGGCCUCGCGGGGGCUUUCGAGACGGCCCAGGAGAGGCUGGUGGGGUACUUGAAGGUCGCCAAGGCCGUAUCGGACCAAGCCCAGCCGAACCGAGCCGCGGAGGCGGCAGCGGCAGGCCGGGGGAUCUGCGACGCUUCGGCUUUCAUGAUGACGGACUAACCGGUUGGUUUCCAAUGCUCGCUACGCUUUCGAGUGUUUUUUUUAAGGUGUUGUAUGGGAUCUGGAAUGUUUGAAAAAGUAAGGCUGGUUGGUUGUGUUUUUUUUCUUAGAAAAAGGAGGGGAAAAGGAGACGCAGCGUCGGGUCUGCUUGCCACCAACUGCAUUUUCUAGUACCAGUAGUAUUUUUUUCAUUGGCGGGAUGGGGCGGGAGGUUAUGAGACUUCGAUCUGUGUUAACGUGAGGCCUCCCACGUUAGUGGAGACCAGCGGACGUUAUGAUGAGAAAACAACAUUUUCAAUGUGAGGACAACCACCCAAGUGACGUGAGUUUUGUCGUUUCUUUGACUUCGUCGUUUUCCUUGGGGCGUUUUCUAAUUAGUCGGGAGCACGGUGGCGGUUUGAGGGCGCACCUGCUUGUUGUGGCCCCACGCGCUUGCUUGGCGCUUGGACACCGGUAACCACACCGAGUGGGCGGCAUCAGAAAAAGGCCCCAAGGCGGUGAAGACUUUUGAUUGGGCCAUUUGUUCUGUAGGCUUUUGAUUUGGCCCGUUUGUUCUGUAGGCUUGUGAUUGGCCCAAUCGUUCUGUAGACUGUUGAUUGGCCCAUUUGUUCGUUGUUGUCGCGCCCGAGCUUGAAGCAGCGCAAACAUACGUAUAGUGCUGUAGAGGUUACCCCGUUUGGCGGAAGGAGGAGGGCGGCAGUAGGCACCAGCGGUAUCAAAGCCAGAACAUUCCGCACGUGUCGGUCAAAGUACACCAACCUUGUAUUCUCCAACCUACCCUCGGGGCUACGGACGGUAGUACAAUAAUAGUGACACAAGCAAUUGCUGGUCGUGGGGGUCAUUGGCUAGAUGGUGUAAAGGAUGGGAUGGAACACAU